AUGUGUCCUUUAUGUUGCAAGACUGUUGAGUCAGCUAUCCAUCUGUUUCUUGGCUGUGAGCUCACUUGGCAGGUGUGGUGUGCAUGGCUAUUCGCCCUUGGAAGGUCCUGGGCCGUACCAGAAACACUGAAGCAACAUUUUGAGAGCUGGGCGCAUGCUUCACAUAGAAAGGUUGAGAGAAAGAGGUGGUUGAUUGGAUUCUUUGCUGUAAUCUGGGCAAUUUGGCUGGAAAGAAAUGAUCGUGUCUUCAAUAAUCAUGGCUCAGAAGUGGUGGAAAUCAUCAAUAGGUCCUUUUCGCUAUCCGACGAGUGGCUUGGUGAAGUGGUCUGUCCCUUCCCCUGUUUCCGGAAGCGCCACCACCAUGCCUCUCUCAGGCAAGAUCGAGGCAGGGCUAAUUGCCGGCUGCGUUGGAGUCGCCACAUGGCGAGGAUGCAGGCCGAUAGUUGUUGUGGUAACCCAGCUGUUGUUGUGGCGCCGCCAAUGAUGGUAGAAGGGAGGUGA